CGGGGGUACUUGUGUCACACGCCAGGUAUGAAUGGCAAAUGUCCCGCUUUCCUCUCCAGGGAGCAAUGAGCACCUUAUAGACAUUCUCAAUGUGCCAUAUCUCUGUCCUUGGUGCUUGAUUAUUGUUGUUGAAAUCCUCGGAUUCCCAGCAUGUCCCUGUUUCAAAGUCGGGAAUGGUGGUCGGUUUUAGAUGACGGAGAAGGUGCCGGCAAUGAGGAUUUACCGGCGAGUAUUUCCAUACAAGUGGCGCCCUUUCCCAAGGCUCUCAAUUCCAAAGCAGAUGCGAUUGUCACGGGAUCCUUGGCUGGAGUCCUCAGGGUCUAUGAGGUGCUUCGACAAGAGGGCGAUGGAACCCGGACCUCUGGUCCUUCAAACUUGCUUUUGGAGAAGCAAAUGGAUGACCCCAUCAUUGAUUUGGCAUUGGGGAAACUCACGAGCUCGGGAGACUCGGAUCCCAAGAUCGCCUUGCUUCAUCCUCGGAAAGUGGCGGUGUUCACUGUUCAACCGGAUAAGACCAACCAGAAUUACAAGCUGACCCUCCAGUACCAACACAAUCUGUCGCGAUCGGCCCAUUCCAUGGUAAUCGGACAUUUUGGAGGGAGCAAGAAGGACAUUAUUUGUGUGCAAUCCCUGGACGGAUCCAUCAAUAUCUUUGAACAAGAGAGCUUCACAUUCAGCCGAUUCUUGCCCGGUUUCUUACUUCCCGGACCCCUUGUCUACAUUGAGCGGACGGACACGUUCAUCACGGUCACGUCGUCCUUGCAAAUUGAGAGCUUUAGAUAUCAAGCUUUGGCUGUGGCGGACGACAAUAGCAUGAUUAACAAUGAGAACAAUCGGGGGAGUAAUAACAACAACAACGACAAUUACGGCAAGAGCGAUGAUAUCACGGUGGGUCGAAAGAUCGCACCGGAUUGGGUGAUUGGGCUGGGUGAAACCACACAAGCCCUUCAGAUAGUUGAUUCUGUACGGAAAGAGGUACCUUCAACCAUCAUGGUUUUGGGGGAAAGAAGCCUGUGUGCAAUCUUGGACACAGGGUCUGUGGUUUUCAUGAAGAAGCUCGACUUCACUCCGUUAUGUAUGCUUUGUUACAAAUUAGAUAAUCAGAUCACGUCGGUUGUGGCUACGGACACGGCCACUUUGUUGGUUUUCCAAGAUACUUGCCUGAAAUGGGCCUCGAAAUUACCGUUUCCUCCGGUGAAACUGCUCAGAGGAUCGUUCAAGAAAGAGGAUAAAGGACAAGAACUUCUCAAGGACCUUUUGGUGAUGGCCUCGGACCAAAGUGAUAUCUUUGUGAGCUAUCUCGGCACGAAUCCCGCCAUAUUUACAGCUCCGGCUCCGGCCAAGCGCGAGCUGAAUUACGAAGAGACCGACAAAGAAUACUCAUCCCUGACGCAAACCAUUCGCGAUAUACAAUCCAAGCCUGACGUUGCAAACCAGAGGGGAUUGGCCGAGGAUCUGCGGUUGACGUUGGAGGUCCAAAAGAGUUUGGAUCGUUGCUAUCACGAGACAUUGGUCAAGACCAAUGAUGGGAUCCCCAUGGCUAAAGUGACGGCCAAUUUCCGCGCCUCUGUCCCAUUGUCAAAGGUCAGGGUAACCUUCUCUGUGGAAAGACCUUUGGUGAUGCUCAACCACACCACCAUGAUAUCCAGUCUAACGGAUUCCGAGAAGGUGGAAGGAUACGCGUACCUCUUCAAUGAUUACAUUCCCCACUCGUUGGAGGUGAAAGUGGCUGUGGUAUUUUUCAACUCUUCGGAUGUGCCUCACGUUCUCAACAGUUCCGUUCAUCUCCCUCUCAGAUUAGUGGUCCAGCCUUGUCCUCCCAUCAAGGACGCGGACUUUAAGGUUACUAUUAGCACGAAUAAACCAGCUGUUAGCCUUCUGGACCUGUUUUCAGAAUUCGUUCUGGAAAGUAACAUGGCCAACGCCGUUGGCUUCCAAUUCUACGGCGGUCCCUUUGUGACCGUGUUGUCGUCCAAGACAUCUCAAAGAUAUCGGCUCCAAUCGGACAACUUGCCCGCAUUGUGGCUCCUCACGAACGAGAUCGAAAAACGGUUGAAGACCAUUCACAAGACUGAUCUCCAAUGCUCUUACAACGCAUCCCUCCCCAUGCACGAGUACUUUUCCGAAAUCGAAACCAUGUUCCACAAACGGUCCAAACUCGCCAAUCUGAUGAGCGAAUUAUCCAACCGAACCGCGCAGUUUCGGUCCAUUGAACGGCGAUUAUUGGCCCGAUUCCGCGACAAAACCCCGACCCCAUUGACCAAUUUGGAUACCCUCUUGGAAGGCACUUACAGACAGAUCGUUCUGGCGGCUGAGGCCGUGGAGGAGUGCCAACGGGAAUUGGGCAGUUCAUCGGCUAAUUUGGCCAGCAUCACCAAACUCCUUCUCAUGCUGGCACGCCUGUCAACCGGGAUUUCGGAGGAGGAACAGUGCAAGCUAGAAGCGGCUCUUUCUUCUAUGGUUCACUUGGAUCAGGAGCAAGGUUGGCAUGAGACCUCGGAUGCAGCGUUAACGUUCCUGUUGCGAACGAGUCUAGCCAAACCUGGGAAGGAGAACCAAGGCGCCACGCCCAUCACCUUGGACAUGCCCAAAGAUACGGCACGGCUGAAAAAGCAUAUCACCACCGUCUUGGAUCGUAUCAGCAAAGGUGGAAGAAUCGUUGACGCAAAGAACGCAAUUGAAGCCUCGAAACUAGCCGAAUUCGAAGACAGGGUGGGCUUGGACGAGAGUGACGAUACGUGGUCCGAAAUGGGCGACACGGGUGAAUCUCGCAUUGGAAGCCAAUUUGGCGAGCAAGGUGAGCGACUUCGAUCCGCUCGAGCCCGAGGAAUGUCAGCGGGUGUGUCAAGGCAAUCAAGCCAAGUGCCCAAGGCCCUGACCAAAGAGGAGGAAACCGAGGAACAGGCGGUAGAAGACUCGAUUCGAAACGAGGACGAGGGUGAGGAGGACAAGGAGGACAAGGAGGACAAGGAGGACAAGGAGGACAAGGAAGACAAGGAAGGCAAGGAAGACGAGCGCAAAGACGACGAAGGGAAGGAGAGACACGAAGAGGCGGAGGAAGAGGAACCACCUCAAGAUGAAUAUGAUAUCGGCUGGUGAUUUCGCUCAGAUUUAUUUGAUUGCAAUUGUCAUUGUCACGAAGGAAAAACUGUCAUGAUUUCAUUGGUUGCUUUGCACUGUAUUGAAUAAGGAGAAAUCAAGUUCAUAACAAGGGGAUUGAAGUAAAGCCAGAGAGAGGCGUGUGUGUUUUAUCACAGAUCUAAGGGGUGAAAUGAACCGGGAAUGUCACUGAAGGUAACGUAAACAAAA